AUGCUUGAUGGACAAACAAAGCAACAAGCUUGUUAUGGGUGUGGAGAUCAAGGUAACAGGCUUGUGCGCGACCCUAGAGCAAACUACAGACAGUCCCUGGAGGGGCUAAGGCAUGUGAAGCGAAUUCAGCCUAGCAUGGUGACUAAAAGUUCUUUGAUGCUGGGACUGGAUGAAACAGAUGAGGAGGUCCUACAAGCAAUGAAAGGCACUCUUAAGUCUCCGUUGAACACACAAGAGGCCAUCCAGAUCGUCAAAUCCACCUGCAGACGUCUGGUCAAAGCGCGGAUAAACGACUGUCACAGAAGACUCAACAACUGCAGCAAUAAACUACAACAACAACUUGACAAACUUAAACAACUGUUACCGACUAACUUACUUGACAUGGUUACGACAAUCGCCAACAGGCGAGCCGACAAAACCACAGACCGCGUUCGUACUGAACAAGAACGAAAACUGACAAGACUUCAACGCAAUAAAGACGAAAAACGACCGAAAACCGACGAUAACUGGGUCAGGAAUAUUUCUUCCCGUCCCUUAGACAAAACCGAGACUCACCUACUUGGUGACAAGUGUACAAGAGACUGUAGAUUCUGCUCCCUGAAAACCAACAAGAAACCUCCUCCGCCUGAUCCCAUGGAGCCAUCUAACACUGCAGAGGCCAUCAGUCGUUGGGGUCUGGACUAUGUAGUUAUCACCUCUGUUGACAGAGAUGACUUACCAGAUGGUGGAGCUGCUCAUUUUGCAGAGACCGCGACACAAAUCAAAAAGAGGCUUGUGCAUGACCCUAGAGCAAACUACAGACAGUCCCUGGAGGUGCUAAGGUAUGUUAAGCAAAUUCAGCCUAACAUGGUGACUAAAAGUUCUUUGAUGCUGGGACUGGGUGAAACAGAUGAUGAGGUCCUACAAGCAAUGAAAGAUCUCCGUGAAGCUAAUGUAGAUUGCGUGACAUUAGGACAGUACAUGCAACCAACAAGGCUACAUCUUAAGGUCACUGAGUACAUUACACCUGAGAAGUUCAAACACUGGGAGUCGGUUGGAAAUGAGCUCGGCUUUGCGUAUACAGCGAGCGGACCACUUGUACGAUCCUCUUACAAAGCGGGUGAGUAAAAAGCUACAUACUCUGUUACCCUUUUCGCGCUCCAACACAGACAUUCAAACAAUAAGUCAGUAAACCUUUAUUUUUCUUGGUAACUCUAUCAGCUGUAUGAAUAAAACUGCUAUCAAUAGAGACCCUGCUAAAAAUAAAAAAAAUGAAAAAUCUGUGAACCUUACAAUAUGCGUAGAAAUUAGAUAAAAAUUAGUUUAAUAAAAACAAUCAUUUUAACUAACUAGCUACGUGUAACAAACAGACGAACAGACAUGAUUGUUUUCCUUUAGUAAAGUAAGUCCUGUAGUAUAAACAAUUUCCAAGCCCCUGCGAAUC